GCGAGGCGGCGGGACUCAAAACUUGUAACGGCCGCGCGCGCGCCGCGCAGGGGAGAGAAAAGCGGCGGCGGGAGGCGAGAGCGAGGCGGCGGGCUGAAAUUUGAAGAAAUAAAGUCGACAAUCCAUGGAAUUCUUGUUCCUCCUUCCGUUAUUUAAAAAACUAUACCUAAACAUGCACAUUUUAAUGACUUUGCAGUAGGAGCACAACACAUUGUUGUCAACAUUGGCAAGAUGAUUGCUACACCUUUAAAAAAUACAAGGAUUUCAAAAUCUCACAUUUCUUCUAGCAGACGAGGAGAUAUGCCUUUGCAGGCAAUCUUACUGAGUAACAUACCGUCAGGUACUAUUACUCCUUUAAAAGAUUUGGUGAAAUUUCAAAAUGCUGGUCUGACUACUUCUGCAACAAAAGAAGCUGUGCUCCCUUCAGUUUUACGUGACUUCAAGGAAAACCAUGCAAGAGGGGCAGGAACUUCCAAGAAAAGGGAAGGUAUUUUUCAGUCCACAUUAAUAACAGGUGGCACGUAUGUUAAAGAAUUUCUUGACCUCAGUGAAAUAAGGCCAGAUUCUGACACUGUAGCAGUACAAGUUGCAUCUUGCCAGCAGCAACAGAUCUUGCCACUAAAAGACAAAAAUUUACUGAAACGCAAAGCUUGUGAUCCUUUAACUCAUGAAUCUCCAGCAAAAAUCUUCCAAAGAAUGAAAACCAAGGCAUCCCAUGAAAAACAGCAUCAAAUGCCAUCCACGGGAACAUUGUUAGGGACAAAUUACAACAGUGAUUUGAUCCUGACUCCUGCUACAAAACUUGUCCAUCAGGGAACACAGGAUAAAAAAUCCAGUGAUGAAGAAAACCAGCAAAAAGCUGGCAAGGUACCUGAUAGACAGAUCCAGCCAGGGAAAGGUUUGUUGCAUUAUAUUUCCAAGAUGCCUGGUUAUAUUACAUCUCCAGUAAAACACAAGGAUGAUGGUGGUAUCUGUCUGAUCUGUAUCACUGUAAUACAGUGAUUGUGUGAAUGGAGGGAUGGAUCAAGCUUCAGGGAGCAACCAGUACACACAGUCAUGGAUUUCUAUUCCAUCAGCACUGCAUUGCACCAAGAUAGUGCGAAACAAAAAUGUGGAUUCCCUCACUGUGGACACUCUGGUUUCAGAAUCUCCUCAAAAGUUCUUCUUGCGCAUGAAACAGAAAGUGCAGAAGCAGCAAAAAGAUCCUGCAUUGUCAAACCAAAUCAAGCAAAGCAUUUCUUCAACAAUCGUGAACAAGCCGUUAAUCAAAUCUGAUUUUGCCAAACAAGUCAGUAACUUUAAUGGAGAAUGUACAGUUAACAAUACCAGCAACAGUCAGGAUGAUGUUUUUCUUGUGGAGCCGAUUGAUGCUGAUGAUGAAAUGUCUCAAAAUACCAUGAUUGAUACUGUGAACGCAAACUCCGACCCUUCUAAAACUGGGGUUCAGUUAGCAGAAAGGUAUGGCAGUGGAGAAACAAUAUAUGCCAGUCCUCAUCGAGAAGGAAGACUAUUACAAGAGAGCACCUGGAAAACAUCUCAAGGAGUAGAGAAGAAAUCAGAGACUGACCCUCAGAGACCCACACAGUGCUUCUGUAGUAUUAUGUUUUCUUCUCCAAAGGUCCACAUACCAAGAAAACAAAAACCAAAAGAAGGAGAUUGUAAGGCCCCCUCAAGCACAUCUCACAUAGAUAAAAAUGAUGGCAAUGCAAAUAAACAGUCAAAAAUCUGUCUAAGUGAGUGGAGGAUUAAGGUUAUCAACAACAAUACUGCUGUGUGUGUAGAAGGAAAACGGAGAGAUAUGAAAGAACUGUACUGGCAUAGUAAUGCAAUUGUGGAACGCAUGGCAUCGAAUCAAGUUAAAACAAUAUCUGGCCGUAUUUACUUGUUACAAGGAAAUAUAAACUCUGUUUCCAUGAGAAAAGAAGGAUUUCCAUACAAAUUCAUCAAGAAGUUUACAUUUGGAUUUCCAAAACAAUGGAAACAAUAUGUUGAGAAUUUUCUUGGGGAACUAAAGAGGAAAGAACAAGAUACUGAUGGGGCUGGCAAUGAAAAAAUCAGUUCUGUGGAAGUGGAUAUGUUGGAAGAAGAGGAGGUAACAGGAGACUUACAAAAACAAUCUAGAACACAAAACACCAGUUAUGAAGUAGCACUGAAUGAUAACAGAUAUAUGACACCCAAACGCAAUUCUGUGCAAAAAGAUCCAGAUGCAAGUUACAGCCGUAGUGGUCGGCGCAUUAAACCGCCAUUGCAUUACUGGUGUGGACAACGAGAGUUUGUUGAUCGUAAACUAAAUGUUACUAUAGAAGAGGGUGGAAAAAACUACUUGAGUAUUGUAUGUAGUAGUAGUAAACAAGCCAAAAAGAAAACCAUUUCCAGCUCUCCAAAGAACAACAGAGAGGAUACAACAGAGACAAGUGAAGGAAAAACUAAAAGCCAAUCUAAAGGAAAAAUCUAUGAGAAGAGAGCAAAUUUCAAAAAAGAAAUUGGGUCCAGUGACAAAAGAGACCCUAGACGUUUUAUUUCAGAUCCUGAUGAAAGUGACACUGAAGCUGAACUUAAUAAUAUUGAUAAAAGGACUGUUGUGUUGACGCCCUUGAAGCAUAAAAAGCUGUAUCAAAAUAACCUAACAUAUAAUAGCCAGACUGCAGAAAAAAAUGCAGAGCAAAAUAUUUCAAAAUAUGGAAUUGAGACCAGAAAUUGCAAAACAAACUCAAGGAGAGAGCUAAAGACUUGCAAGUAUUCUCUAAGGUCACUGAAACAGUUUUGCCAAGACAAACUGUCUACAGAAGAAUCCUCAAGCAAGGAUGAGGAAGACUCUAAUGAAGAUAUCCCUCUGUCUAUCAAAAGGAAAACAAAACCCUCUUUGGAAAGAGAGAUUCAUAAUUAUAAAUCUUCCUCUGAUGCUAAGAGUUCACAGAGCGAUACAAAGAAAAAAUCCUCGGAGCAAAGAAAAAUAGAAAAUUCUGCAGCCACUUCCUCUCACAACAGACAGUUAAGGAUAGAGCUGUCUGACCAGAAGAAACAAUCAGAAGUGGAACCUAAAGCGAAGGCUCCUGCUGGUGGGUCCAGCAGUGCCCCUUUGAUUGAUAGCACACGAAACACAAGAAAAGCGAGUAUUAACCCUCCAACAUAUGUGUUUGAGUCAGAAACCGAGACAGAAGACUGGGAUAGAGAAUUUCAAAGAAAAGAAAAGAAAUCAAAAGUAUCUGCCAAAAAACCUGAUUGCAAGAUUACCAACAGUACAAAGUCUUCAGCGGUGAAGUCAAAGGAAUCUGACAAGAGAGAGGUGCAGAAUUUCUUGGAGUCUUUUCCAGGUGCAACUGAAGACUGGACUGAGAGAGAACUACAGAAACUACACAGGGCUGUUGCUUCUUUUCCAAAACACAAGAAUGGCUUUUGGUUGGAUGUAGCAAUGGCUUUGGGUACUCGAUCUGCGGAAGAAUGCCAGCAGAAAUAUAUGGAAGAGCAUCAGACAAAAGGUUCCAAAAAGCAUGCCACAAAGACUGUGUUAGAUAAAAAAGGACAAAAAGAUUCAGAUAAGAAACAACCGGUAAUGAUAACUGCUAAGGUGGGAACGUUUAAAAGGAAACAACAGAUGAGGGACUUCCUGGAGCAUUUGCCAAAGGAUGACCACGAUGAUAUUUUCACUGCAACACCGCUACAGAAUAGAAGAGUAAAGCUCCCAACAUUUCGGGAAAGCCAAGAUGAUGAUGUCUUCCAGCUUAUGGACAGCAAUCCAAUCACACCUUCCUCAGCUGUCUUCCCCUUGGUAAAAACCCCUCAGUGUGAUCAUAUUAGCCCUGGCAUGCUGGGAUCUAUCAACAGGCAUGACUAUGAUAAGUAUGUGUUUAGAAUGCAAAAGAACACACAAGGCAAGAAGGGUACCUGGGGCAACAUCAAGAAGAAAUCGGCUCGAACUGUGUUUACCACUCCAGCCACUGGAAGAACCACCACAUUUGCCUUUGAUCAAGGUGCAGUGAAUGACUCUGUUAUAGGGAAGCUGUUCGUAGGUGAAGCAGCAGAGCGGUCUGAUGAAGAAGAGCAAGAAGAUUCCUAUUUUUCUACUUAACCAAGUCCAUGGUUGUAAAUAGUUUAACAUUUACUGUAACUCUCGUACUGAAUUAAAGGGCAAAAUAUUCCAAGGGGCUUCAGCCACCCCUUUCAACUUGUGCUCCCAUACUUGGCCUUCACACACUAAUAUUUGGCCUGUAGUGUUUUAAGGUGUCCAAUUAUGUUCGUCUUGUUUCAUUCAUGCCUGUUGAGGAGAUUAAUAAUGCUUGAUCUUCUGUGUAAAUUGAAACACUCUGUCCCAAUUCAAGGUGUACCUUUCACUUCACUUCCUCUUCUGGGGAAAAUUUAUAAAAUACCAAUUAGUGUCAAAAGUUGUUUUUCCUUAAGGUAAAAAUGAUGUUUUAAAAAUGGUAGUGUAAUAAAUCUCCAAUAGGGUUUGUAAUGAAAUGGCCUUUUAAUUUCCUAUAUUGAGACCACCUGUAUUUUUAUUAAAUAACUCUUCUCAAUGCUUUUCA